ACAGCUGUCACUAACGUGUUGGUUAUAUGCUAGAUGCGAGCGGGGAUUAACAGAUCAGGUGGCAGGUGUUUCUCCAAGUUCUUGCUGUCACAAGGCAAGUAAAACCAGGAGACAAUCCCUCGUCAUGGACGGACAAGAGUCUGAACCAUCAGCCAGCCUUCCUAAACGGAAGAAAAAGAGACGACAAUCUGUGGCCCCAUUAGAUCCUAAUUGGGGCCCAUCCAAAUCGAGAUGCCCAUCUCAUGUUUCGGACUCACGACCAAGCUCGGAAGCCAUCUCUGAUGAAACCUCUCGGUCUGGUACUGCUAACCUGUUCCUCGGUAGCGUCAGGGACACACGCAUUCGUACACGCGGCGUGCGUUCCCAAGAACAGACCGAUCGGCUGGAGGUCGUCAAAGAGGAGAGUAAGACCACGGCGGUAUCGGGAAGAGUGCCGCCAAGAAGGUGGAUAAAGGUGAAGGAGGAACUGCUGAAGAACGCGAGCCCUCUCCGCAGAGCUGUGUACGACAUGGUGGAGUCUAACUUCUUCGGCGGGAUGAUCCUUGUAGUGAUCCUACUGAACACCGCCAUGCUUGUGGUGCAGACAUUUGAGGAGAUAGAAGUUGGCGCAGGGUCCUUUUUCCUGGUGCUGGACAAUCUGUUUAGUGGUGUCUACAUGCUGGAGUGCGCCAUGAAGUUGUACGCCUAUCGUGGUUCCUACUUCAAAGAAGGGCGGAAUGACUUAGAUUUCAUCAUAGUGAUGUUCAACCUGGUUGACGUCAUCAUGGACCUGUAUACAGGCGGUGCACCAUCCAGUGCCACGUCAGGCACAGAGUCAGCUGAAAUCUUCCGUCUGUUCCGCAUCUUCCGAGCACUCAGGGCACUGAGAGCUAUCAGAUUUCUGGGUAACCUGCAAGUGAUCAUGACAACCUGUUUGCAGUCCAUCCAGUCCAUGGGUGCCAUCUUCCUGCUCAUGUCACUGUUCUUGUACAUGUUUGCGGUGAUAGGGCGGGGACUGUACUCGGGCAUAUACGCUGACAAUGGUCGGUUCGACAACCUGGCAAUCGCCAUGUUUACGCUAUUCCAGCUGCUGACGCUGGACGAUUGGUAUUACAUUUACAGUGACGCAGUCAAAAACGACCCAGGUCAAUGGCACAUCUUUCUCUACCUCUUCCUCUAUAUCAUCAUGGAGUACUUCAUCUUCCUCAACUUAUUUGUUGCUGUACUGGUGGACAACUUUCAGCUGACUUUAAAGGAACAUGCAGAAUCAAGGAAGCACAAGAGGAAGCACAAGCAUGCUGCUGAUGAAGACUCUGAUGACGACUGGUAUGAUGACUAUGAGUCAUCAAGUUAUGAUGAGAGCGAGGAGGAAGAUGUGCUGCACCUACACAAGAAAAAGACAAUCAACAGCUACUAUCCUGAAGGCUAUACAAGCAGGGAGAAGGAACUGAUGACUCGGUCCUUCCAGCUGCUGGCCUCUUUGGAGUACAAUAACCACAUUCUGCAGAACCAAAUGACCACUGUGGACAACUUUAUUGAUCUUGUGGUUGAGGAGGACAUGUAAGAACUGCUACACACUACGGAUAUUGGAACACACAUCUUCUGACAUGAAGUUGAAGACAUACUGUGGCCAUUGAUAUUGAGCG